GAAGUGGCUUGACUAUUCAUCGCCCGCUUUCGUCUUCUAUGCCCAGGCGUGUUCUCCUGUCGGGUGGUCGCUGUGUGGGACAUGUUGAGGCAUAUAAAGAGGCCCAUGAAAAGGGGGACUCCUCUGAUCAGCAUCAUCGUUCCAGCUCCCUGACCUUCCUCCGACAACAAUGUUCUCCCACACAGCCUCGCUCCUCGUCCUCGCCCUCUCCGCCAUCGCGCGUGGACAGCUGACGAUCACGCAGGCUACGGCCGAGGAUGCCGCCAACAGCCUCUUUGGCGAAAGCUACGAUCUGGGCACCAUCACCUCGGCCGGCAACGCCGCCCAGAUCGGUACCUUCAGCGGUGGUAAUGCAGCCGGCUUCGGCAUCGACUCGGGCAUCAUUCUCUCGAGCGGCAGUCUGACGGGCGUCAGCGACGACUACGGCGGUGCCGGUGACUCGUCGAUUGCAUACUCGGUCGACGCCGCCUCGAUCGUGACGACGAUCCAGGCAAAGGCAACGUCGAACCGUGACUUGGCGACCUUCGGCUCCGUCUUCUGUACGUGCGAGAAUGCUGCCGGUACUGAUUCGUUCAACGAGCGUGCCCAAGUGCUGCUCAACAACGAGAUCGUCUACGACCGCCAGCGCGGCGUCGAGGACACGCGCCCGACGGGUCCCUUUGGCUUUGCCGCUGGAGACGACGUCGCCUACCAGGGUGGACCGUGCAAGUGCUCGCCCGUCGCCAACUUCAAUCUGCCCCGACCCUCGACACCCACCGACCUCAAGGUCGUCAUUGCCGACACUGGUGAUGGAAGCUUUAACUCGUGGAUCUUCCUUGGCUUCGUCGGCUUCCAGGACCUGGACGUCGUCUCGACGACGCUCACCACCACGGCCGCUACGCAGACGGCGACGACGACCGAGACAACAACGGCCACUGAGUCUACCACCACGGCCACGACGACGACGCUCACGGCCCUGACGACGCUGCCUGCUGUCACAAACACCGUCACUGCGGCCACGUCGACGGUGACGGCCGUGAACGCCGCCUGCACAAACUACGUCCUCCAGUUCGAGGCCAACUGCUGCCCGCGGUCGCUGUGCAAGAAGAAAUCGACGCUGCCGCACCGACGCCAGGUCGACCUCGCCUCGACGAUCACAUCCACAACGACGUUUACCGAGACGGACACGCUGACGACGACAGAGACGAGCGUGGUGCCCACGACGCUGACAAUCACCGACACGCUGACCAACACCGAGUCAACGACGGCGACAGUGACACCCACGCCGUCGACGUCAACCUUUGUGCCCGUGGCCACAACGACGGUGUGCAAGACGGUCAAGAUUCCCAAGUUCAUCUGCCCGCGCUCCCUCAAGGCCGCGUCGCUGCUCUCGGCCGCCGAAAAGGCCUUCCUGGACUUCUACGCAAAGAGCCGGCCAAAGAACGCGCCCCAGCUCGAGGUCCACUGCGACAACGACAAGCAGGUCUACCUGUACCCGUGAUCCCUCGCUCUUCUCUGGCCCCACCUUCUCUGCCCUCCCUCCCUG